UACAGUGGCCUCAGAAGAAAAGGAUUUUAGGCAGUGCAUCUUGGGUUGACGUAGCUAUGGCGGCUUGUGUCCUUUCCUUCUGUGUCCACCACCUGCCCGCAGCCUUCGCGUCGCUGCCUUGGGUCCCCAUGUUAGCCACGGCCUGGCCGCUCAGCACUGCUCUGUGCCCUGCGGGGACCAGGACAGGGCCUGGGGCUUCGCAGCCAGCCUCGGUGCUCGUGCAGGUUCCAAGUCAAGUUACACAGUUGUGCCAACAGUAUAGUGACGUUCCCCCUUUGACAUUAGAGGGACUCAAGGACUGUGUUCUUUAUGUCUUGAAACUCUAUGACAGGAUUGACCUAGAGAAGCUUUCAAGAGCUAGGAUUACAGGAGUAAAUUCUCAUUUUAUGAAAGACCUGGGUUUAGACAGUUUGGACCAAGUGGAGAUUAUCAUGGCCAUGGAAGAUGAAUUUGGGUUUGAAAUUCCUUAUGUAGAUGCGGAAAAGUUAAUGUGUCCACAAGAGAUUGUAGAUUACAUUGCAGAUAAGAAGGAUGUAUAUAAAUAACAUAUCAGACCCUCUUGCUUCACCGAGAGAAGAUUCAGGUGAUACUGGCGAGUGUCUGGACAUGAGAACGCAUUUUGGCAUUAUUGCUGACUUUAACAGAGUAAUUCUGUUGGACUUGUAUUUAAAUUGUGUUAAGUAUUUUACGCUUUGAAAAUAAAUCUAUAAAACCAAAAAAAAAAAA